UCAGAUGGAAGUGUUUAGCCCCCAGGAAGAGACACAGUUGGAAGCCAGAUUUAAUGGUGGCCAUGAUGUAUUACCAAUUUCCAUAAGCAAACAUGGUGAAAUGAGCGUCUGUAUAAUGGUGGAUACUUUUAUUCGAGCAUCACAACCCCCUCGAAAUUACUCAUUUCAUGGUCAUAAUUUGUCCCAUUCAGAUUAAUAAAAUUGGGAAAGUCUGAAAGGGUUAUUUUAUGUUUCUAUGAUUCAAGUUAGCCAGGCGCUAAACCAGAAGUUUGCUCAGUCAGCUUUUCAUUGGAGUGAACAGGGCACUGCUCAACACUGUAUCCAGGUUUUAAUGUCACAUUCUUAGGCUUUAUUUUCAGCAUCACAACCCCAGCAAAAUGACUCAUUUCAUGGUCAUAAUUAGAACCAUUUAGUCUAAAAAAAUUGGUAAAGUCUAGAAGAGCAACAAGACUGAAUAAUUGUAUCUCUGUUCAAGUUAGCUGGGCGCUAAACCAGAACAUCCUUCAGCUAAAAAAUUAUACAUAGCUGUGCGUUUGAGCUAUGCUAACAUCCGCUUGCUAACACGCUUAGCCAUGACAAUGCUAACAUACCAACUGACGUUUUUUUAAGUUCGCUAUAUUCAUUAUUAUCUUAUUUACAAAGUAGCUCUCACAAAGUCGCACACAGAUGCUGAUGUCAUAGUUAUUAAAGUUACUAAAACAUUUAUUGGCACAUUAUUGUCUGUGUAACCGUCCUCACUGUCCAUUAGACCUGAAGUGGAUGACAACGGCUAAUUUCAAAAUUUGCCGCCAUUUUGGUUAAACUGAGGUUAAAGGGGUAGCCUGAGCAGAGUCCCGCAGCGGGGCUCAUUAAACGUUGAGGCGGUUCCUGCUGUGGUUGGUCACCGCCUGCUGUUGAGAAUAUCUCCGUGAAGGAAAGGGGGCCGGGCUGGACGACCCCGACAAGCCAGCGGUGGAGACGUGAGACAUGUUGAGUGUUUGUGUUCGUGUGUUUGCGUGUUUCUCUCGGUGAAUAGUGUCAGUUUGUCGGCAGACGAGCAGCCCUGUCCGUCAGCGUGACAAGCCUGCCUGGAGCUCCGAGCAGAGGCGGGAAUGGAGCGGAGCGAAGGGGGCGACUAUGAGAGCUCCUCGUCCCAACAACAGAACACUAUGUGGAAACAGUUUCAAGCCAAAGCCAAACCGCUGCUCAGCCCCAAGCUGGGCUCCAGGGACCCCGAGGAGAAGAAGGAGCGAGGCGGCUGGAUGUUCAAGAAGAUGAAACGGAAGGAGAACGUCGCUCUGGACCGGGUGAUCUCCUCCUCUCAGCCCGACCUGCUCUUCUCCUCCUCUCAGGUGGAUCCAGAGGCGAAGGAGGCUCAGCUCUGCGGCAAAGCGGCCGGGAGCGGCUCCGGUCUCGGCCGGGAGAGGCUGCUGUCCUCCAAGCACCAGUCCGCCAGCCCGAACAAGCCCACGUUGGCUCACCUGGUGCAGUCCCACCACAAGAGCUCCUCUCUGGGGUCUGCGUGCCUGGAGAGGUUGGCCGAGGCACCGGGCGGCAGCAGCGGCAGCAGCGGUGACGGCGAAGCGGCAACAUCUGCAGCCGCGGCGGGGGCACAGCAGGAGGGCAAGGAUGAGCAGCAGCCGGGAAUGGGUGCUCCAUGCGCCUCGGGGGUCACGCCUGACAGAUCCAUCCACAGCUCGGGGAUGUACAAGCUGGAGAUUGAGCUGAAGAGAGGACACAACCUGGCCGUCCGAGACAGAGGAGGCAGCAGCGAUCCCUAUGUCAAGUUCAAGCUCGCCGGUAAAGAGGUAUUCAGAAGCAAAACCAUCCACAAAAACCUCAACCCGGUGUGGGAUGAGAAAACGACGCUGAUAUUAGAUUGUCUGAGCGAACCUUUGUAUGUGAAGGUGUUCGACUAUGACUUUGGCCUUCAGGAUGACUUCAUGGGUUCUGCUUACCUCUACCUGGAGUCUCUGGAGCAGCAGAGGACGAUACCUGUCACUCUGGUGCUGAAGGACCCUCAGCUCCCUGAUCAGGACCUGGGCUCCCUGGAGCUGUCUGUCACCCUGACACCUAAAGACAGUCCGCUAGAGGAACGACGGGACUCGACGCAGAAUGAUAUUAGGACGUAUCGGUGGAAGCCGUACGUGAAUAAAACAAUGCUGCUCAGGAGGUCCUGGAAACGAUCCACAAAGCAGCAGUCGUUGCGUCUCUCAGAGCUGCAUCGGAAAUCCCAGCUGUGGAGAGGGAUCGUCAGCAUCGCGCUAAUCGAGGGACGGAACCUGAUACCCAUGGACCCAAACGGUCUGAGCGACCCGUACGUCAAGUUCAGACUGGGACCUCAGAAGUACAGAAGCAAGACGGUGCCAAAGACCUUGAGUCCACAGUGGAGGGAACAGUUUGACCUCCAUCUGUAUGAAGAGACGGGAGGAGUGUUGGAGAUCACAGUGUGGGACAGAGACACCGGGAGGAGAGACGACUUCAUUGGACGCUGCCAGUUGGAUCUCUCCACGCUGUCCAAGGAGCAAACUCAUCACCUGGAGCUGCCGCUGGAGGAGUCCCGGGGCUUCGUGGUGCUGCUGGUCACGCUGACGGCCUCGGCUCACGUCUCCAUCGCCGACCUGUCUGUCACGCCGCUGGACGACCCGCAGGAGCGUGCGGAGAUACUCAAACGAUAUCGUGUGAUGAAGUCGCUCUCUAACCUGAAAGACGUUGGCAUCGUGCAGGUGAAGGUGAUGAGAGCAGAAGGACUCAUGGCUGCAGACGUAAACGGUAAGAGCGAUCCGUUCUGCGUGUUGGAGCUGAAUAACGACCGACUACAGACACACACAGUUUACAAGAACCUCAAUCCAGAGUGGAACAAAGUCUUCACCUUUAAUGUGAAAGACAUCCACUCAGUGUUGGAGGUGACCGUGUUUGACGAGGACAGAGACAGGAGCGCCGACUUCCUGGGGAAAGUGGCCAUUCCAUUAUUACAUGUCCGUAACGGCGAGCAGAAGAGCUACGUGUUGAAAAAUAAGGAGCUGACCGGUCCGACCAAAGGAGUCAUCUACCUGGAGAUCGACGUCAUCUACAACACCGUUAAAGCCGCUCUGAGGACCGUCGUCCCCGCAGAGCAGAAAUACAUCGAGGAAGAACCAAAAGUCUCCAAGCAGUUGCUGCAGCAGAACUUUAACCGCGUGAAGAGGUGCAUCAUGGUCCUUAUCAGCUACGGGACGUACAUCAACAGCUGCUUUGAAUGGGAGUCUGCACAGAGGAGCAUCAUCUCCUUUGUGCUGUUCGUGGUGGUCGUGUGGAACUUCGAGCUCUACAUGUUGCCGCUGGGUCUCCUGCUGCUGCUGGUGUGGAACUACUUCUUCUCCUCCUCCAGCAGGGACACAUCUGACAUGUCGAUGGAGGCCAUGUUUGAAUGGGAAGACGAUGAGGAGGAUAAAGAGGACAAGGAGUCGGAGCACAAGGGCUUCAUGGAUAAACUGUACGCCAUCCAGGACGUGUUCAUCAGUGUGCAGAGCGCUCUGGACGAGGUGGCGUCGCACGGAGAGAGGAUAAAGAACACCUUUAACUGGACAGUGCCUUUUCUCAGCUGGUUGGCAAUCACUGCCUUAUGUUCGGCCACAGUUCUGCUCUACCUCAUUCCUCUUCGGUACCUUGUGCUGGCUUGGGGUGUGAAUAAGUUCACCAAGAAGCUUCGGGAUCCGUACAUGAUUGACAACAACGAGCUUCUCGACUUUCUCUCCAGAGUGCCGUCUGAUGUUCAAGUGAUGCAGUAUCGCGAGCUGAAGGUCGACCCCGGACAAAGUCCCAACAAACGCAGGAGGACCAACCCGAGUUAGCUGCUCCUGUAAACACUCCCUCUGUAAACACUGUAAACUAUGUUAUUUAUAUAUUUCUUGUAUAUUUUGAGAAGUUGUAACCGUUGAGUUUUUUUUUUUCGUUUUUUUUUUCUGUUUUGUUACCGUGGAAAGAUUUAUUUUCUAAAUCUCAUAAAGAAAAUCUUCAGCUUUUUUUUUUUUGUUUGUUUGUUUGUUUUUAUUAUUAUUUCCUGUAACAGCACUCGUCACACAGGAUGAACCCAAACAUAUAUAUAAUGAAUGUACACGUGUGUGUUACGGAGUGUGCAUGUAUGAAGCGUGUUACUGUUGCAUGGAGUCGUUGCAUCUCUAACACUAAGCAUUUCUGUGCUGUUUUUGUACUCAAGUGUGUCGAUCGGUGUCCGACGUUGCGUCGACGAUAGAGCCGCAUGUUGUUUUCUGCCACUGUCACGAACCGACCCGCUCAAAUCAAACGGACUCGUAACAUGUUGAAAUCAUGGGCUGCUCCUUCAUGUGGUCAGUGAAAAUAUCAACGACUCAUCAGUUUUUCACUCUAUGACAUUAGUUCUCCUUGAUAUUGUGAUUUUGAGGUUAAAGGGACAUUCCAAAUCUUUUUACGCAGCCGUUCUUGUGCGACUCAGCCUGCGAAAAAUCUUGUAAACGAUCUGGACGGAGUUUCAGAAACUAAGAGAAUAACUGUGAUGAUGUCACAUAGGUCUGUGCUGCAAUUACAAUAAACCAGUUAUUAAAGACAAAUGGACAAAUAAUUGUCCUUUUAACAUAGAAUUUUAUUAUAAAUAUGAACAGAAAAAGGGAACAACAUUAAAUCAACGUUUAUAUUAUUUUACUUUUUUAAAUUUGGGCAUUUUAAAACCUCCAUGAAUAUUUAACGUUUAUGUGGAAAAUCUUGAUAUCUCAUCUCAGCUGCAGUUUCUUUACGUUUGUCCUCGUUCUCACUUCAUCUUGUUUAUUUUCAUUUUCUCUGUGUUUCCUCUAAACAACAUGAGUGUGUCGUGUACAGUCAGACGGUCGGCGUGUGUUUAUUUUAUCUCUUCCGUGCUUUAUAAUAUCUGAAUAUUUAAACACGUGGAAGCUUUUUGUUUUUUGUUUUAUUUCGGGGGUUGCGAUUUUUCCUGCAUGUCUGCGUACGCCGUCUCAUCCGUGUGUGUCAAAAGUGUUUUUAUUGCAUGACAACAUAAAUAAUAUGCAAAGUGCAUUUAUGGAAACUGAAUGUGAAAAAGUUCAUCUAAUGCGUCUGUGGCUUGUGUGUGAUGUCCAGAUCCACCUGAGCUCCAGGUAAAGAGAGACAAAAACCCUGUGUUACAGUUAGAAUAUGCUGUCAUAUGCGGUCAUUUUUUGCACAUUAUCUGUUUUGUUUUUUUUUUGUUUCCCCGUUGCAUCAUGGGUAUUUUCUGCUGGUGAGUAAUACUGCCAUUGUACCGAAGUCAAAUGCAGCACCGACUGUAACGACUGUGUAGCAUUUGUCUGAGAAAAUAUAUUUCUACACAGA